AUGGACACCAUGAAGUCACUGCGAUUCUUUGCAGCUGAAGCCUUCAUGCAAAGUGGAUCAAGUGCUAUAGAAAACCUCAACUGUGUGCCUUUUAACAUGUACCCGCUUCUCUUCAAGUCCUGCUACCUCCAUGAACAGGCUGACAUGUUGCAUGUUUUGGUCCAGAGAUGGCCUCUACCUGAGCUCAACCUUCAAAGACUCCUGGGAACGACUGCUGACUGUCAGAUCGACCUUACCUCACGCACCUGCCGGCUUUGUCUGGAGGCAAUUAUAACUGGCUUAAAGGAGUAUGUGCUGUCUCCUCCAUCAACUUAUGCCAAGAGCCUCCAUGUGGUGGACCUUACUGCCUUGAAAGACGUUGAGCACCAGGCAUGCCCCUGCAAGUCCACCCUGGGUCGAUGGGCGAGAACCCACCUCCUAACACAAAUGUGCUAUGAGACCAUGGUAGCUAUGCAAGCCAGCAAUGUGUUCCAAAUGGCCUCUGAAACAACUAUUGAUGUCCGUCUGAAUGGCUUUGUGACAGGCCGCAACUAUGAGAUGGUGUCCCAGGCAUUCCUCCUCCUCCGCUACUGUCCUCUGAAGCUUCGUUUCAUCAGUUUUCGGGCUGACUCCCUAGCUCUCAAGCAGUUGUUUUAUGUUCUUAAACUAGCAGAGCCUGAGUCCAUUACAAAACUGGAGAUGGUCCACAACGUUCCCCUAGAGGCUCCACACCUGGAGGUGUUGCUGUCUAGGGUGGAAUUCCCCAAACUGCAGUCUUUGACCCUGCCAGCUGGGGCAUUGGAUGUUAGGAGGUUAGGCUCUGAUGAUGAUGAUCUGCUGGCCACGAUCGGCAACCUGCUUGCACAGGUUCCCAGUCUGACUGAGCUCUAUGUUGGUUUUUCUACUCUCACUGGACACCUACGAAGACUUCUCAAUCCUCUCACCACUCCACUAAAAUGUUUGGAGUUGGCCAACUGCUGCCUGAACCGUGUGGACAUGACGUACUUUUCCAACAGCCUCCACAGCGAAGAUCUGGUCCGCCUGGACAUCAGUGGACACAACAUCUUUGGCUCCUUCUCCACAUCUUUCCACAAACUGCUCAGCCGUUGUAAGGCCUCAUUGGCAAGCCUGGUCAUAGAAGAAUGUGACAUAGGUGACGAGCACAUGGACGCCUUCAUCAAUGCUCUGUCCUGCUGUCAAGCACUGGAGGAGCUCAAAAUCUUAGGAAACCCUCUGACCUCUGCAGCCAUGCGUCGGUUGUUCGCCACACUAUCUGCAGGCUUUCCAAAGUUGAAGUACAUAGAGGUUCCAGUUCCCCGUGAAUGUUACUCUGAGGAUGUCACUUACCCACUUGACGAUACGGUCCUGCUGCAGUAUGACAGGGAGUUGUUUCAGGAAGUCAAGGGCCAGCUGAUGGGGAUCCUGGCAGGAGCUGGGAAAGGGAGUGUGGAGGUGUGCACUCCACUCAUGGGGGCAUACGAUGCGGACAUUAAUGAAACCAGUAAUGAGCUAGGGGUGUCCAUGUUAAAGUCUUUUAACAAUGUCAUUGGGAACUUUAUAGGUACCAUAACUGACGUGAACAACAGGAGAUCGCAAUCUCAAAAUGACUGAUGAUAUUGACAAUGGAGGGAUAAAAAUAAAUGGACUAAUGACUAGAGUAGGGCUCGCACAGCUUGUUCAUGAAUCUAGAUGUUUGUAUAAACCAGACCUUGAGUCUUGAACCUUGUAGGGAGGUUCAUACUACUGACCGCAGUAGACACGGAAGACUUGACCUAACUUCAUGCUUCAUAACGUUUUUUUGUGCAACGGAAUGUUGGUUA